ACGAUUAACUGUUUUACAUUUAGAUUCAGAGUCAUAUCCAUUUGAAGAUCACUGUACUUACCUAUUUUAAUGCUGGCGUGGGAGGGCCGAUCAGUUAUUGGUGAGAAGGAAAUAGAGACACUGCUUUUCUGGGUGACUUUGGGCAAACCCCUUCCUCUCUCCAGGUGUCAGUUUCCCCAUCUGUAAAGUGAGGGUUUGGACUUGGAGUCUGCAAAUUUGCCUGUGGCAUGCGAAUUCCCAGAGGGGAUUUCUUUAAAAAUUGAGAUGCUUGGGGUCAUGGAGUGCAGGUAUUUGGGUUUUUGCAAGCUAGCCAGCUGACUGGGAUGCAUAGCCAGGUGUGGGAGACCCGGGACCAUUCUGAGGGACCCUUCCAGCAUUAAUGUCCUCUACUUCCUCUAUAGGACAGGGUGUUAAACUUUAAAAUGGAAACUUAGGAACAGGAGGAGCACUGCUGUGGGACCAUUUUGCCACGGAGCAGAUUUUUGCCUCUGGCUCAGAGUCUGGGCAGUCUCUUUCUUUGCCCGCCACCGGCUCUCUUUGCUUUGUGGAGAGAGGAUGGACAGAUUCCUGGUGAAAAGGGCUCCAGGAGGCCUUUUGGGAAAGAGACAGCAAGAGCAGAUGGGAGAAGGCCCGGAAGAGUUGGGAGGAGACGAGGAAAGCAGCAGGAAAAGGCCCAGGAGAGAAACCUCAGGGAAUGGAGUGGACUUGGCAGGCCUCAGCUGGCAGCACAUUCGAGCCGAGGGCCUGGACUGCGAUUACACAGUGCUGUUUGGCAAAGCCGAAGCGGACGGGAUUUUCCAAGAGUUGGAGAAAGAAGUGGAAUAUUUUACAGGUGCGCUGACCAGGGUCCAGGUGUUCGGGAAAUGGCACAGCGUGCCAAGGAAGCAGGCGACGUAUGGCGACACUGGGCUGACCUACACCUUUUCAGGCCUCACCCUGUCUCCAAAGCCCUGGCUCCCGGUUCUAGAGCGCAUCCGGGAUCGCGUUUCUUUGGCGACUGGAAAGACCUUCAACUUUGUGCUCGUCAACAGGUAUAAAGAUGGCCGUGACCACAUUGGUGAGCACCGAGAUGACGAGAGAGAACUGGCUCCUGGGAGCCCCAUCGCCUCCGUCUCCUUUGGGGCCUGCAGAGACUUCUUCUUCCGGCAUAAGGAUUCUCGAGGGAAGCACCCCUCCCGGCGGAUGGAGGCGGUCAAGCUUCAGCUGGCCCAUGGAAGUUUACUUAUGAUGAACCACCCGACCAACACUCACUGGUAUCACAGCCUCCCUGUCCGGAAGAAGAUUCUGAGUCCACGGGUCAAUCUGACAUUUCGUAAAAUUGUGCCUAUUAAAAAGUAAACACGUG